AUGCUUUUUGAAUGUGGCAUCAUCCAUUCUAUAUGUGAAUUGAUUGCAGAGAAUGGUAGCGUUUCUUCAAAUAACAGUUUAAGCUCUCCACAUAGAACUGGUUCGGGAGAACGCAAACGUCGCUUAGCAAGGCAAAAUUCGAAUUCCGGCGUUGUCAAUCGUGGGGUGGGUUAUGGUCAUGGCUCAACCAGAUCUAGAUGGGAUAUAGAACGUACGGUCGAGGAACGCUUAGCACGAGAGGAACAUCUUACAUGGCUUCUGAAUGCAUUGAACGCUUUCUUGUACUGCUCCUCCCCAGAUUUCACCAAGAAACGUCUGCCUAGCCAGUAUUCAUAUAUUUCUGAUGCUGUUGUGCGCGAGAUAGCAGACUCAGCUGUAAUCGUGCUCUUGGAAUAUCAUUUGAAAAAUGAUAGCGUCUUUGACGUCAGCGAACACAUGGAGCUCUACCAGAGUGGAAUUUUCAGGCCCUUGCUGGAGACUGCUGCAUCGAUGGCUAGCAUUCCAGCACUUGUUCCUUAUCUUGUAAAGCCUCACGCUAAUGGAGCUAAAUCAAUAGCAAAGGAGCUUCUAGUACCGUUUAGCGACAUUAUGUUCGCCUACACGUCUUCUUGGAAAUGUCAGAUGGGUUCUCCUGAUGUCAGAAUGGCGAUUUUGGAAGCUUCACACGAAUACGAAGCAAGUCUGCCUCCAGAUGAACGGAUUCGUACUCCUGUAGUGCAAUCACGUGAAACCCAUGACGAAGUUUCAUUAACAUGGAGUACAUUGGACUCCAUGGAAGAAAGGAAACCCACAGCUGCUGAAGUUGCCGUGCUUUACCGAAAGGCACUUAAACAUCUUCAAGUGCGAUCCCAUAAAUUCAUUGGAGAUUAUGGAAAACUUGUGAUUCCUUUCACCUUCAAAAAGGAUAUUCGGAACACUAAUCCCUUUUCCCCGUCAUUGCGUGAAAGAACAAAGCGGAUCGCAAAGGAGUUGGCGUCGAUGCCUAACGCUCUUCCCCUGAAUGCAAGUAACAGUAUUUUUAUUUGCGUUGACGAAGGAAGUCCCAGAUUAUACUACUACGACCAAAGGCCUGUUCGAGUUCGAUGUAUCUUCCCAUCAACCUAUCCUUACGCUCCUCCGAAAUGUGCCUUUCUGACGACUGGUGCGGGCAAUGUCAGAUUUAAUCCCAUCUUUACAAUGAUGGAAAAUCUGUCUGUCAAUACUCGGUACUUGGGAAGGACGACCUGA